UUGGCCGGAAGGCCGGGGGAGGGCGGGGCUUAGAGCCUAGCCAAGAUGGCGGCGGCCGCGGGAAGUCGGGGAGUCCGUGCCCUGCGUGAGAUCCGCCUUCACUUGUGUCAGCGCUCGCCCAGCAGCCAAGGCGUCAGGGACUUCAUCGAGAAACGCUAUGUGGAGCUGAAGAAGGCAAACCCCGACCUGCCCAUUCUAAUCCGCGAGUGCUCAGAUGUGCAGCCCAAACUCUGGGCCCGCUACGCUUUUGGCCAAGAGAAUCAUGUCUCUUUGAACAACUUCAAUGCUGAUCAGGUAACGAGAGCCGUGGAGAACGCGAUUAGUGGCAAAGCCUGAAGCUUGCACUGAGCAACAGCCCCACAGCCUGGGCUCUGCUGGAUUGAGUACAGUGUGUGGACAAAUGUGUUCUCCUGUUCUAUAAAGCUUGUGUGUAAGAGCCUGUCUCAGGAUGUUCUUUUUCUCAUUCCAUCCGCUACCCCUUACUGUGUAACCACUGAGGCAAAGCAGCAUACUAUAAAAAUAAAACUUUAUUCUCUCCCAUCAAAAGUCAUCAGCUGCUGAA